AUGUGGACGACGAAGCGGCGCGUCGCUGACAGGGCAGGCCCAUCACAGUUCACGCCAAAAACGGCCCCUCCCUCCCCCUCCGGUCCGGUGGCCUCACCUCACCACCGUCGCUCUCCUCCUUCCUUCCUCUACAGUUCCAGCCCCAGCCAGUCCCCACAAAGCCCACGGUUUGGUUUUAUAUAUAGCCAAACCGGCGGCGGCGGGGACGUGGACGUGGACGGGUGGGCGGCCGCGCCCGCGGCCGAGGCUGCGGUGGCCCCGCGUCGCCGUGCCGCAGAGCUUCGGGCUGUCGUCGCUCCUCGCCGAAGGCGGCGACUGCGGCGUCGAGCGACACCGACACCGAGGCAGUCGGCCCCGGUGAGGGUGCCGGUGUGGCCGGGGCAGGCGGCCAGGCCCAGGGAUAACGCGAAGCGCGGCGCCAAGAAGGCAGAGGAGUCGGACGAAGACGAGGAGGGCGGGGAGGAGAUGGUGCCGCCGCACGUGGUGGCGGCGUGGCGGUCGUCGUCGGUGCUGGAGGGCGCCGGGCGGACGCUCAAGGGGCGCGACCUCUGCCGCGUCCGCAACGCCGUGCUCCGCCAGACCGGCUUCCUCGACCUCUGAAUCUCAUCUCAACAAGAAGAAACCAACGCAUGCAUGCCGGCCGGCCUCCAUUCCCAAGUCCCGUCGAUCACUGGGGCGCGACCUGAUCAUGGACCAGCUCCUGCCAUUCCAGCAGCUGCCAUGCCAUGCAUCCUCCCCUGCAUCCAGCUAGUCUUCAGCGUGACAAAAAUCGAUGUCUGAAAUUCUGGAUAGUUCCUAAAUUGAAUUCAAUACAUUCAAUUUCAUUGGCUUGAAUGA